GGUGUAUAUCAACUUCCGGUUUCACGGGGUGCCUGGGAGACGAAACGCAAAAAGCGGGCAUACCGGACAUAUUCCGUAUUUUCUCAUUGUAUACAUUUAAUUGCAAAACAUAUAUAUUGGGACGAUUUCAAACACCAACAGGACAGACGGCAUAACAUUGGAUGUACAAUUGUACCAGCAUAUCCGUAUUCACUCGAUUUGCUAACUAGUUAGCAUUAGCUCGCUACCACGACUCCUUCAAGAACAGGCCCCAGCCUGGAUUUUGCUUUAGCUAUCUAACUAGCUAGCACAAGAACGCGAUUUCUUCGUCAAUGUUAUUGUCUUAUCUUAGUGUAAACUAGAACCACAUCUUUAUAACUCACUUGGAGUUGUUCAUGUUGAUGUGUGGUUCAUUUAGAUAUUUCUAAACCGUUGCAUUGCCGUUGUGUAUCUAAUUAGCAUUUACUAAGUGUGUUGUGCACUUUUUUCGCUAGCGACCGCGACGCAUUCCCGUCCAUUUUACAGUCACAACUAACUAGCUAGCUAGGGCUAGCAAAUAAGAAACGGCGAUGUCGGAUUUCGACGAAUUCGAGAGACAACUGUCUGAAAACAAACAAGCUCAGUUGGUAGAGCAUGGCGCUUGCAACGCCAGGAUAGGGCGCUCGAUUCCCGGGAACACCCCGGAGAAGGACAAGGAGAAUCGCCACCACCGUCGCUCCCCCUCUCGCAGCCGCAGCAGAGAGAGGAAAAGGAGGAGCAGAGACAAGGACAGACGCAGCAGGGAUCGCCGUGGAGACAGCAAGGAGCGCAGACCAAGACGCAGCUCACCAUCCCAACAACAACCCCAAGAGAUUGCUGUAAGUCGUUCCCCGCACCGUGAAACGAAGAAGAAGAACAAAGUGAAGAAGUACUGGGACGUCCCUCCUCCUGGCUUUGAACACAUCAGUGUGAUGCAGUACAAAGCCAUGCAGGCUGCGGGUCAGAUCCCAGCCACGGCCCUGCUGCCCACCAUGACCCCAGACGGCCUGGCCGUGACCCCCACUCCCGUCCCUGUGGUGGGAAGCCAGAUGACCAGACAGGCCCGUCGGCUUUAUGUGGGCAACAUCCCCUUCGGCAUCACAGAGGAGUCCAUGAUGGAUUUCUUCAACGCUCAGAUGCGUCUGGGUGGUCUCACUCAGGCUCCAGGAAACCCCGUCCUCGCUGUUCAGAUCAACCAGGACAAGAACUUUGCCUUCCUCGAGUUCCGCUCAGUGGAUGAGACAACCCAGGCCAUGGCGUUCGAUGGCAUCAUCUUCCAGGGACAGAGUCUGAAGAUCCGCCGUCCCCAUGACUACCAGCCCCUGCCCGGCAUGAGCGAGAACCCCAGCGUCUACGUGCCUGGCGUGGUGUCCACAGUGGUGCCUGACUCGGCCCACAAGCUGUUCAUCGGGGGCCUGCCCAACUACCUGAAUGAUGACCAGGUGAAGGAGCUCCUGACAUCGUUUGGGCCUCUCAAGGCCUUUAACUUGGUCAAGGAUAGUGCCACAGGUUUGUCUAAGGGUUAUGCGUUCUGUGAGUAUGUAGACGUCAACCUGAACGACCAGAUCACCAUGGAGAAUCAGGCCAUAGCAGGACUCAACGGCAUGCAGCUGGGAGAUAAAAAACUCCUGGUGCAGAGAGCCAGCGUGGGAUCCAAGAACGCCACUCUGACAAGUAUAAACCAGACCCCGGUGACGCUGCAGGUGCCGGGCCUGAUGAACAGCUCAAUGACCCAGAUGGCCGGCCUGCCCACAGAGGUGCUGUGUCUGAUGAAUAUGGUGGCUGUUGAGGAGCUGGUGGAUGAAGAGGAAUACGAGGAGAUCGUGGAGGAUGUGAGGGACGAGUGCAGCAAGUACGGCCAGGUCAAGAGCAUCGAGAUCCCCAGACCUGUGGAUGGGCUGGAGGUCCCUGGCACUGGCAAGAUCUUUGUGGAGUUCAUGUCAGUGUUUGACUCCCAGAAGGCCAUGCAGGGUCUGACGGGCAGGAAGUUUGCUAACCGGGUGGUGGUGACCAAAUACUGCGACCCUGAUGCCUACCACCGCCGAGACUUCUGGUAGAGGAUGACGACAGACGAGGAUAGUGAGGGGGGGUGGAUUGCCAUAUUUCAAAUCGACCCCUAACCCCCCACCACCUGGGCACUUGAUUUGACCUGAAAAGGUGUGAGCGACAUAACGUUUCACCUAGUCCAUCAGAAGGCCAGGUGGAGUUCAGAGAAGUACCCAGGGGUAGGGGCUGGGGAUCCAUUUGCUAUUGGGCAAAAGAAAAAGGAGAGAUGAAGGGUUUGUGUUCUGAUGAAAACCAGGGGGGUUUCAAAGAUUUUUGUGAAUUGUGUGUAGUAACAGGUCAGGGGUAAAUGAUUUUUUUAAAUACUUUGUGAGAAAGAGAUGGGUCAUUCUGGGGGGGGGGGUCUUGCCACACCUUAUAGUUUGUAUUUAAAUGGAGGGAGCCUGUUUUAAGUACUGUAGGAAGGUGUAGAGAGGGGGAAGUGGACUGGUCUACUCUAUAAGACAGGUGGAUGGACAUGAGUAUUCCUCAUUUCAUAUGGGGAGAGGGAGUUUGUGACAUUUUUUAUUUGGCCCACCAAUGUAGAUAACAUGAUCAGUUUCUUGUUGUGAAAAAGGGGAAGGAAAGCUAUUGACAGGAUAGGAUGGAAAGCUAUUGACAGGAUAGGAUGGAAAGCUAUUGACAGGAUAGGAUGGAAAGCUAUUGACAGGAUAGGAUGGAAAGCUAUUGACAGGAUAGGAUGGAAAGCUAUUGACAGGAUAGGAUGGAAAGCUAUUGACAGGAUAGGAUGGAAAGCUAUUGACAGGAAUGGCCUCAUUUUGUGAUUUUUAUUUUUAUUUCUCAGAUUUGGACCUUUAGAUAUCCUUGUUUCUUUUCUUACAUGUACAUCAGACUACGCCCCUCUCCCUCACCCUGUGUGUGUAGCGAGAGGGGGAGAAGCUGUAACUACACAUAAACUAGUCCAAUAUGACAUUGGAGUUGGUUAUUAAUGUCAGCUGUUGUGGUUUAUACUGUCACACCUUGUAUUGUCACCAGGGCCGGAGUUUGAGUACAUACGUUUUUAUUACUGUCUGUGUCUCUUUGACGUUUUUUUUUGGGGGGUGGGGGUGGGGGGGGUUGAAUCCUUUCAUCUAGUGUGAAUUUAUCCAUCACCAUUUUUAGCAGGCAGAGUAAUUCUAUCCCUACACCCAACCCUUACCCAUAAGAGAGACUGGGAGAGGGAAAGGCAGGCUUUUCAAGUUCUGAAUUGUAAUUUUUGAAUUGUGAGUGGUAAAUAUUGGAUUGGUGUUGAGUAGGGCUCGAUCUGGUUCUGAUUAAAAGCCUUGCUAUUUUUCAUGUCACAUUCAAGAUAAAAAAAUAUGGAGUACUCAUUCGUGUCUGUGCUUAGCAAGUUUGUUAAUACAUGGAGUCAUUUCAUGCUUUGGUAUUUUCAGUUAACAAUGAUUUAAGAUUGUAGUCAGUAUUCAAGUUGUAUUUCUUUGUCUGGAAUGAGUCUUUUGUUUUGCUUCCUGUUUCAAACGUACCUAUAGAAUAUUGGACUGCUCAUACAGAAAUCUCUUUGGCACAGGUAGUGUUUGUGUAACUUCUCACCUCAGCAGACAAAAUAAAGGUAUAAAGACUAAUA